ACCAGUGAUACGCAGUGGACGAAGCUACAGACCUGCCAGAAUACUGCCAUUAGGACCGCGACAGGAUGUCUCCUGAUGUCCCCAAUUCAACACCUACACGAUGAGGCCAACAUGCUCCCUGUUAAGGAGCACAACAAAAUGCUCGGCAAGCAGUUUCUGCUAGGGUGUCAACGCAGGCCUCACCCAUGCAGACACCUGCUCGAGCCCGAGCCACCUCCCAGGCACAUCAGGAGACACUUCCUCAACUACGUGGACGAGAUCCUGGACAAAACAGACAGACCACUCCAGGAUGAGACAGUAUACAGACAGACCAUUAACGACAUCCAUCAGGAGACCCUUACCAUCUUCCUAAGCUCCCGACCCCCGAAUGCCGUUAUCGGAGUCCAACCACCACCCAUCGCAGAUGAAGAGCUUCAGCUUCCCCGAGAGUCCCGCGUAAUCUUGGCACAAUUACGUUCUGGAUAUUGUAGCAGGUUAAACUCCUACCUAUCCAGAAUCGACCCCGACAUACUAAACAUAUGUCCAGCAUGUGAAGGCACCCCGCACGACACUAACCACCUUUUCACAUGCCCCAACAAACCCACUCAUCUAACACCCCUCUCCCUCUGGACCCAACCCGUCGAAACAGCCAGUUUCCUGGGCCUACCGUUAGAUGAGCUAGACGAAGACGACCGGUAAUUACACUACACUGACAGGGCGAAGAUACUGCUACAACAACAACAACAUGGCGAGCAGAGAAGUGGCGAAUCAAAGGCGUCUAAUAUCUGUCUGUGAGGACAUCUUCAGAUCUCUAAUUGUGUUAAUAUUAAUUUUCAAAAUUUAUACGAUAACUCUUGUCACUUAUAUAUUUUUUACCUGAUUAAAUUGUUGAAACAUUUUAUUAAG